GAGAGAGAGAGUAUGCAAUUGCAAAAGGUUUUCGUUUUCGAAUGGAGGCAAAUAUGUCUCAUCUUACUGGAGAAGUUGUGUUUCUGAUUCGCCAAUUCUUAGAAGAGAAAGAAUUCAAAAACGCUAUUCGUUGGUUGGAAACAGACUCGGGUUGUUAUUUCAAUAUGAAGUAUUUUGAAGAUGUUGUUACAAAGGGAGAAUGGGAUGAAGUUGAGAAAUAUCUGUCCGUCUUUACCAGUUAUGAUGACAAUUGUCACUCCUUGGAAAUGUUCUUUGAGAUUAAAAAACAAAAGUAUUUCGAAGCAUUGGAUAAGUCUGAUUAUGGGAAGGCGGUAGAGAUGCUGAGAAAAGAGUUGACAGUUUUUUCCGUUACUCAUGAUAAUGAUCUCACCAAAAUGACUCUGCUUCUGAGAUCGCCAAACUUCAGGGCGAAUGCAGAAUUUUCUAUGUACGGGGAUACCAAAGAAGCCAGGUCAAAUGUGCUUGAGAUGCUUAAAAUGUCUAUCGAGGAAAAUCCACUUUUUCGAGAUAAACUUCAGCUUCCCAACAUUGAAAACUCUAGGCUGCAGAGAUUGAUUAACCAGAGCUUGAAAUGGCAACAUCAUCACUGUAAGAAUCCAAAGCCUCACCCUGGUGUUCAAACACUAUAUGUAGAUCAUUCUUGUGGGCAAAUAUACGGUGCUCGGGCUCCCUCUGGAGUGACCACACAACUUACUCUUGGAGGUCCCAAAGGCUUGAGUGCUCGAGAUAAUACUGACUAUGAAUCCGUGCAGAAGAGAGCUAGACAUUUACAGUCAGUCGAUGAGAAUGAACAAAGUCAUACUUGGCCACUUGUAAAUCACGGGAUGACUGGUGAGAUGGCAAAGUCUAGGGUUUGGAAGCCGGAAGAAAUGAGUGAACAAUCUCAACUUCAUUUUCUGAGACUUCCUGAUACUUCAUCAUCAGCACAAAUCACCAGGUUGAUCUACACAGAUUCAGGAGAGGCCAUACUGGCAUUAGCAUAUAAUGGCCUGCACAAACUAUGGAAAUGGCAUAGAAAUGAGCAGAAUCGGGAUGGAAAGGCCACUGUUAAAUUUCUCCCUGAGUUAUGGCGACCUGCCACUGGAAGACUGAUGAUCAAUGACCUCAGUAUGACAAAACCUGAAGACGCUGUAGCGUGUCUUGCUCUUACAAACAAUGAUGCUUUUGUAAUAUCUGGCUCGGGAGGAAAAGUUUCCGUGUUUAGCAUUAUAACUUUCAUGAAUAGGGCAACGCUUGCGCCUCCGCCGCCAACAGCAACUUGCCUUGCCUUGAAUCCCCAAGAUAACAACAUCCUUGCACUUGGAAUGGAUGACUCUUCAAUACUCAUAUAUAACGUCAGAAUGGAUAAGAUGGAAGGCAAGUUAGAGGGUCAUCAGGAUCGAGUCACUGGCCUUGCCUUUUCCACUAUUCUAAAUGCUCUUGUUUCAUCAGGAGCUGAUAGUCGGAUCUGUGUUUGGAGCACGGAAGUAUGGAAUGACCAAGCCAAUAAACCCGUGCAUAUUUCUUCUGGUCGAGGACGAAACCCUCCUCGGAAGAACCGUGUACAGUUUCACCAAGACCAAAUUCAUUUGUUGGUUUUCAAUGAAACUCUUAUCGCAGUAUAUGAGGCACCAGAACUUAAAUGCAUUGAACAGUGGUUUCGCGGGCAUUCAACUGGACCAAUUACUUGUGCAACAUAUUCAUGCGAUAGCCAGUCAGUAUACGCAGCUUUUGAAAGUGGGGACAUCAUUGUGUUCAGUGCAGCACUGGUUCUACAGUGUAAGAUUAGUCCCGAAGCUUAUCUCACUUCAAGCCCAAGGAAAACUGUGUAUCCGCUUGCCAUUGCAGCUCAUCCCCGUGACCCUAGCCAGUUUGCAUUAGGUCUUAAUGAUGGUGGCGUUCUGGUUCUCGAACCCCGAUCAGACACAAGAUGGGGUACUGUAACUAUCUUGUGACACUGUAUAAAUCAUACCUCAUAUGUAAUCUCCAGAGGAUCUAUAGUUAGGACUAAUGCACUGUAUGUUCUGUAAUUACACUCUUCAAAUGUGCAUGCAAAACGCAAAAUAGUUGCAUCUCGC